AUGGAGUCCACAGCCUACCCUCUCAAGUUGACUCUAAAGGAAGAGGAAGAAGAAGAAGAGAUUCAGAGCCGGGAACUCGAGGAUGGCCAUUCAGAUAUGCAGAAAGUGCGAAUCUGCUCAGAGGGUGGAUGGGUGCCAGCCCUGUUUGAUGAGGUGGCCAUAUAUUUUUCCGAUGAGGAGUGGGACGUUUUGACGGAACAACAAAAGGCGCUCUACCGUGAAGUCAUGCGAAUGAAUUAUGAAACUGUCCUCUCCCUGGAAUUCCCAUUCCCUAAGCCAGACAUGAUCACUCGGCUGGAAGGGGAGGAAGAGUCUCAGAAAUCCAAAGAGUGGCAGCUCCACGGCGGAACCUUUGCAGAAAACGAAGACUCUGAUGUGAAGCCUCCAGAUUGGGCAGGCCCGGUGAACGCCACCUCCCCAUUUCCUCGCACCUCACCUUCGCACCUCGACAACUUUGGCCUCCGCCUGCCUCGGGAUCUCACAGAGCUACCCGAGUGGAGCGAGGGCUACCCCUUCUACAUGGCCAUGGGCUUCCCAGGCUAUGACCUCUCAGCUGAUGACAUCGCUGCCAAGUUUCAAUUCAGCCGGGGCAUGCGCCGCAGCUAUGAUGCAGGGUUCAAAUUAAUGGUGGUGGAAUACGCUGAGAGCACCAACAACUGUCAGGCAGCCAAGCAGUUCGGAGUGCUGGAGAAAAAUGUCCGUGACUGGCGCAAAGUAAAGCCACAGCUCCAAAACGCCCACGCCAUGAGGCGUGCAUUCCGGGGCCCCAAGAAUGGGAGGUUUGCUCUGGUGGACCAGCGUGUGGCUGAAUAUGUCAGAUACAUGCAGGCUAAAGGGGACCCUAUCACCAGGGAGGCAAUGCAGAUGAAAGCGCUAGAAAUUGCCCAGGAAAUGAACAUUCCAGAGAAAGGAUUCAAAGCAAGCCUGGGUUGGUGUCGAAGAAUGAUGAGAAGGUAUGACCUGUCUUUGAGGCACAAAGUGCCUGUGCCGCAGCACCUGCCUGAGGACCUGACUGAGAAGCUUAUCACUUACCAACGGAGUGUCCUGGCCCUGCGGAGGGCCCAUAAGUAUGAGGUGGCUCAGAUGGGGAAUGCAGAUGAGACUCCAAUAUGUUUAGAGGUGCCGUCACGGGUGACCGUGGACAACCAGGGCGGAAAGCCCGUAUUGGUCAAGACACCUGGCAGAGAAAAACUGAAAAUCACAGCAAUGCUUGGCGUCUUGGCUGAUGGGCGGAAGUUACCUCCGUAUAUCAUUUUGAGGGGGACAUACAUUCCCCCUGGGAAGUUCCCCAGUGGAAUGGAAAUCCGCUGCCACCGGUAUGGAUGGAUGACAGAGGACUUGAUGCAGGAUUGGUUGGAAGUGGUGUGGAAACGGAGGACUGGCGCCAUGCCCAAGCAGCGAGGGAUGCUGAUUCUGAAUGGCUUCCGGGGCCACGCCACUGACGCGGUGAAGAGCUCCAUGGACAGCAUGAACACGGAUAUGCUUAUCAUCCCUAGGGGCCUGACCUCCCAGCUGCAGGUGCUAGAUGUGGUGGUCUACAAACCGCUGAACGACAGUGUACCGGCCCAGUACUCCAACUGGCUGCUGGCUGGGAACCUGGCACUGAGCCCAACUGGGAAUGCCAAGAAGCCACCCCUCGGCCUCUUCCUGGAAUGGGUCAUGGUGGCGUGGAAUAGCAUCUCAAGUGAGUCCAUCGUGCAAGGGUUCAGGAAGUGCCACAUCUCCAGCAACUUGGAAGAUGAAGACGACAUCCUGUGGGAAAUCGAGAGUGACUUGCCAGGAGGAGGGGAACCACCAAAAGAGUGUGAUGCUGAAAGUAUGAGCGAGAGCAACUGA